AUGUUAAAACAUAUCCAGCGAAGGCAUCCAGACAUAAAGCUUCCUGAACACAGGUCAGUCGAGCAACCCGCCGCACAGGCACCAGCAGCAAAACAACUGUCUAUCGAGAAUGCUUUUGCUCAGACCUACCGGGCUUUUUCAGAGAAACAUAAAAAAAUAACUGAUGCAUUGGGAGUGUUUAUCGCGAAAGAUCUGCAGCCCUUUUCUGUAGUCGAAGUUGUGGGUUUUCAACAUUUAAUGAAGACGCUCGACCAACGUUAUUCUGUGCCCAGUCGCACACAUUUUAGUCAGGUCAUCAUCCCUGGUCUUUACGACAAAACGCGCAACGCCAUCGAGAGUGAAUUGGCUAAGGCAGAAAGCCUUGUACUGACCACUGAUAGUUGGACUUCUCGGGCAACACAGAGCUACAUGACUGUGACAGCUCACUACAUGCUGGACUGGGAGAUGAAAAGCGCCGUGCUGCAGACUCGCCCCCUCUAUGAAAGCCACACAAUUAAUGAAACUGUUGAGCUGGGACCCCAGAUUAGCUGUUUUGCUGUGAAUCUCGCUGCAAAGAGGGCUGUGUCAAUCAACGGUGUGUCCCGCCUCUUUGGGAAAGUGAGGAAAGUUGUCACCUUUUUUCACCGCAGCACCACAGCCAACCAAGCACUUGCUGUGAAACAGCAAAUGCUAAACUUACCAAAGCACAAGUUAAUUCAUGAUGCGAUAACCUGGUGGAACACAUCACAUGACAUGUUGUCACGAUAUGUUGAACAGCAGCCUGCCAUCUACUCUGCAUUAACAAUGGACAAGAAUCUGAAGAGCCACGUCAAGGGCAUUGCAAUGUUGACUGAUGCUGAGCAAAAAAUGGCAGAACAACUAACUGAAGUUCUCAAACCUCUAAAAACUGUGACCACACUCAUGAGCAGAGAAACAACCCCCAAAAUUUCACUCAUCCUCCAACUGAAAGAAAUGAUUCUCAAGUGCAUGCCCCCUGGAGGUGAAGACAGUGCAGGUAUCAAAGAGGCAAAAGAAGCCAUCGCACAGGACCUGGAUAAAAGGUACACCGACCCUGACCUUCAGAAGUACCUCCAAAAAGCCACAGCCCUGGAUCCCAGGUUUAAAUCCCUGCCCUCACAUGAUGAAGCCUCCCUUGACAGACUCUACAGAGAUCUUGCCACAGAAAUUCUGGAGAAUGAACCACAGAGACAACUGGAGCCGGAGACGAUGCCACCCACAGAGGGACAAGAGUCAGCCUCUCCCCCUCCAAAGAAGACGGCAAAGGCAGAGCUAUUUGGGGAGGCUUUUAAAAAACAAGAUCAGGUCAAAACUCUUGCCCAGGUAGUCGAGGAUGAAGUUGCUUCAUACAGGUUGGCAGACUCCAUUGGCGUUGAUGCUGAUCCUUUCAGGUGGUGGAAGACCAAUGAGCAUAAGUUCCCUCAUGUAGCAAAAGUGGCAAAACGGCUCCUCUGUGUCCCAGGGACUUCAAUUCCUAGUGAGAGAACUUUCUCCACUGCUGGGGACAUUGUUAGUGCAAACCGGUCUCGCCUUGCACCAAACGAAAGGAGUAGCCCAUAUGAGAUGAUGUCAGCUAAAGCUAUGGUUACUCUUUGGAGACGGUCCAGAGUGUCCAGUUUUGGCAGAUUAUGGCUGAAAGGUUGCCGGUUUGAGUCCACAGGCGUGCCUGAUACAGGCUUUACGUCUCCAUCAGUUCAUAAGAGACGACAUUGGCUGUGGAGCAUUCCUACGCCCAUAUCCAGCAUGUUAACAGGAUUAAACUUCAUUACAGGAACAGAGCAGCACAAACACCUGAUCUCUGCUUUCUGCACAGCGUUGGGCGGUUGA